AUGGCGCGCACCAAACGAAAAACUCCUGCUGCUGUUGCUUCUUCGUCAUCCUCGUCGCCAUCUGAAGAUCUCCCUGUCGCCGCAUUAAGGAAGAAAUUGAAGGAAAAGAAGACACUAGAAACUGAAUCGACUAGUGCAUCCUCCGACCCAUCUAAGGUAAUCGAACCUGCUGUAUCGGCACCAGAAAAGAGAAAAGGGAGAAAAAUGCACGGGAUUGAUACUCAAUGCAAAAAGGGUGCUGCACAAUCUUCGGGUUCUGUUGACAAAGCACUGCUUGAUUGUAAAUUCAUCAAAUGGGAUUAUUUUGAUCAGGUAAAUUUUCAAUUCAAAGAACUCUUUGAAUUUCAAGAAUGGAUGAACGUUUGUGAAUGCACUAAUGCUUAUUAUCCUAUAUUGGUUCAAGAUUUCUACAGAACUCUAAGAAUAGUUGAUGAAGAAGACAAAUUUGAAGUUGCCUUGAAUGAUAGUGCGUAUGUCAUUUUUGCUGAGUUGAUUGCUAAGGCUUUAAAAUUGCCUAAUGAUGGAAAUAAAAUCUCUACUCAUAGAGAUGUUGCUAGAGUUCCAGGCUUUAACUUUGCUGAGUUUGAAAAUGAAGUCUUUCCUGCCAACACUGCCACUAGUGAAAAGUCCACUAGCACAAAAUCUUUUCAAUAUAUUAAAAUUAUUCACAGUAUGGUGAAUUAUAUUUUUUGUCCUAAGUCUGGCAGCUAUGGUUAUUUGAGUUACCUGGAUAUGUGCAUCAUGUGGCAUAUUGUUAAUAGAGUAAGAAUGAAUUUGGCAUAUCUGAUUUUCAAGAAUAUGUAUAAAGCUUAUAGGAUUGGAAAAUUGCCUUAUGCACAUCUCUUGACUGCUUUAUUUAAAGAGUUGGAUAUAAAUGUCUCUAAGGAGAGUUCUAGGACAGAUUUGAUUGUGCUUAGAGAAAUUCACUCCAACACUGAUGGAAGAAAGAAAUGGUUUGAAAAAGGUGGUUCUUCCUCAGCUAAAGUUGAUUCAGAUUCUCAAAGUGAGUUUAUGAGUGAGCUUCAAGGGCUAAGAACUUCUAUUAAUGAGCAAUUUAGUACAACACAUCAGUCUAUUGAACUUCUGAGAAAAUUUAUGGAUGUCGUUGAUUACAAAGUGAGUCAUUUGCUUACUCAAAAUGACGAAUUAAAGAAAUUGAUUGUAGAUCUUCAACAGGCAAGGGAAACUAGUUUCCCAAUCAAAAUUGAGACUGAUGUACCUGCAAAUGAUGCCUCUUCUCCUGCUACUCAUGUCUCUGCUCAUGGUAAUGUUGAGUGUGAAGGUACUGGGCUUGGUGAGUCUACAGCUGCUGUGGAACAUGAAAGUGAACAAGUUGUUGAGUCUGAAGUUGAACCUGCAGCUGAAGCCCCUGUUAAGCAUGUUAGUGAACAGGUUGUUGAACCUGAAAGUGAGCCAGCUGUUGAGCCUGAGAGUGAACAAAUUAUGGAUCUUGCAGCUGACUUUACAAAGCAAAAGGCAGCCUCUCUAAAGGAUCAAUAA